CAAUUUUUCACACUUACGUAUUUGAAUCGCGAUUAUCUGGAAGAGAGGAUUAUUAUGACCUACGUCACGUAGGUCUGUGAUAGUUAACUUCCCAUUUUUAUACACGGACAGAAAUGAAAUUGUGAGAGAGAUUUUUUGUGAUAACUCAGAUCACUUUAAUGUCUGGACUGGUCUAGUAAAGUUGUAUCCUGGACUUUUGGAACGUGUUUCCAUAUUUUAAACCAAGGAAGAUGAAGUACCUGGUGGUGUGUUUGUUGCUUGCAGCUGGGCCCUGCUUGGCCAAGAGCGAGUAUGGCAGUUUCUACAACAAUUUGGCGGACGAGCUGAAGGCGCCGUUCCUCAGAUAUCAGCUGGCUGUGGGCGUCAUUCAGCACAGCGCUGAAUCCAAGAUCAAACCAUACCCUUACGCAGACCAUCUUCUGACGCCAGAGGGUCUAGGGGUACCUGACAGAAUAUUUUCCAACUUGGAGGCACUGAACACACCAAGUGGAUUCAGCACUCACCUCUACAGACUGGCCACACAGAAAUUCGGAAUGAAUAUUUUCCAAGUUGUUCAUAUGAUCCAAUAUAAUUAUCCCUGCCAAGAGACCUACUCAGGAUGCUGGGACCUCGGGGAUGUUGGUAGCAAUUGCUGUUGACACGACGCCGUUACAGUGUGUCUCCAGCCUUCAUGUACCCACGUGGAAAUUUAUGUUGUGUGCCAUGCCUAACUUGUAUGAAUAAACUACCAAGACGA